GUUAGACGGUUAUUGGAGUUAUUUGCGACUAAGCAGUACUUUAAAUUUUGAUUGACUGUCAUAUUUUACUCUGUAAUUUAAGCUCAUCUUGUUAUCCCAUCAUUGGACUGUAAGAGUUUGAAGUGCGCUGCUUUUUGAGUGAUCUUUCGUGUUACUUACUACGGUAAAGUCGAUCCACGCUGCAGGAAUAUGGAGCUGAAAGAUGUGGAAAAGUGCUGCUGUGUGAUUAAAGUUUCUGGGACAGCAGGGAGGAGACCCGUCAGCUGCAGUGGAGUAAUCAUCCACCCUCGGUCUGGUACUGUCUUAUGCACCGGCCUCCCGUUUUGCCGGUUUGUUACCGACAGAGAGCUCCUCUCCUCGGACGCCGAGGUCCUGCUUCCCCGUAGCUUCAGCGACACGCUGAAAAUCCGCGUCUGCUCGUCGGCUUCCGGAAGGAGCGAGCCGUCCCGUCAGCGGGAGGUUUCAGGCCAGCUGCUGAUGCUGCUGAACUGCGUGGAGUUCAAACGGACCUUCAUGGGAGUUUUCCGGGAGGCAGACCAGUGGCGUUUCCAUGGUGAUGAUGAGGAUGCUGAGCUGAUCAGAGAUGCUCAGUCCCUCAGCUGGUUUGCGGUCCUCAAGACGAGUCUGGGAGUGAACGACAACGCAGACGCGGAACGUACCCCCUGGCAGAGCAGCUCCUCGCUGCAGAAAGGCUGCCCGGUUGUUGCGUGCGGCUCUCCUUUCGGCUCUCUCUGCUUGGACCUCUUCAUCGGCACCCUCAGCCGAGGGAUUGUCAGCAACCUGGCUGGAGAAGACAAUGCUGUGAUCCUCACAGACGCUCGCUGCCUGCCCGGCACAGAGGGUGGAGGCUUGUUUGUGGCGGAGGCCACAGACAGUGUCCGUCUCAUCGGCCUGAUUGUUUCUCCAUUUGGCUGGAAGUCAAAUGAGUGGAUAGGCCUCACUUUGGUCUGCUCUGUUGACGUGAUCUUCAGGAGCAUCAUCCGUUGCACAGGGGUCCAAGAUCCGCUUCAUGGGGUUUGGGAGCAAAAAGAAGAGGCAGAUCUCUGCAUGACCAGAACAGCUCAGGGGUCAGAAGCUGUCAGGCACCCCACUGUGUGCUUUGUGGACAGUGAACAAGCCUGGGGCUCAGGAGUUGCUGUCAGCGCAGGGCUGGUGGUAACUUGCCGGCAUGUAGUCGGUGAGAAGUCUGAAGUCACCCUGAAGUUUUAUCAAGAUGGCAGAGUCCGAGAUGCUGUGGGCGAUGUUUUGUUCUCCACUAAACCAUCGUCGCCGUAUGAUUUGGCUUUAAUUGAGCUUAGAGUCCCCGUCCCAGAAGCUGUGAUCCCCAGAAUGUCAAAAAGUUUUCACCUGGGUGAAGCUGUGGUGGUGGUGGGAUACGGCGGACUGGGCCGAGUCUGCGGUCCAUCCCUGACAUCUGGUGUCCUCUCCAAGGCCAUCAGCUCGAAUGGCCAGCUUGUCAUGCUCCAGACCACCUGCGCAGUACAAGCGGGAGCCAGCGGGGGCGCUGUGGUGCAGAAACAGUCGGGAGAGCUGCUCGGGAUCGUGUCCAGCAACGCGCGAGACCUGGCCGCGAGCGUAACGUAUCCGCACCUCAACUUCGUCAUCCCAGUGCCCGCUUUCCAGAGGCCGCUGCAGGAGUUUCAAGAGACAAGAAACGUGGACGUGUUCAGUGCGCUGAACGCCGCAGAGAGGGACGUGAGGCGGGUGUGGAGGCUGCAAGGCGCACAAAGCAAACUCUGACCUGCGAUCCUUAAAACCUUUGAGAGACGACAGUUUCCUCUUAAACUCUUUUAAACAAACAUUAAUAUACACAUGAAGGCAUUGUUUCCUCUAAAUUCUCACUGAAUUAUUAGAAUAUUAGAAAGAUGAUGUUAAUACCCCAUGUAUUAUUUUAUUCAGUUUGACUACAAUAAACCUUUCUGUAUUUUUGCUGUUUACAGUU